UUUCCAGGAAGCAGGUGGGGUGGGGGACCCCAUGGCCCGCCCUGGGUUCGGCUCUGGCUGCCGCCACUCGUAAAUCAGGGGUGAAGGGGUGUCGGAAAUGGGUCUGCGGAAUGUCUGGAUGGGGCGGGGAGGGGGUGAGCACUUAACUCUCAGACGCACGGGGGUGGGGCAGAGGAACUGGCCUGGGGAUGCGGGCGGGCAGCUCGGGCAGCUGCUGUGGGACGUGGGGGUCGUCCUGCUGGUACAGCAACGGCAAGGAAGAGGUUACGUCCCCUGCCCCGGCAGGGGGAUAAAUUGAGGGUGCGAGCGUCCCCACUGUCAGGACCCGCCUGUCACAAUGGCCACGGGAAGAAUCCUACUCUGCUGUCUGCUGCUCCUGUCGCUGCAGCUGGGCCUCAGCAGAGGCCCUGGUGCUUGGGGGGCUCCGGUGGUGGAAGAAGAGCUCCGGGGGACCCAGAGGCUGCAGCUGGGUGCCCGCCUGCGCCGAGCCCUGGCCAGCCCGUGCCAGCUGUGGAGCCUGUCGCUACCUGUGGCUGAGCUGGGUCUGGGCUACGCUUCGGAGGAGACGGUCAUCUUCCGCUACUGUGCGGGCAGCUGCCCCCGCGGCGCGCGCACCCAGCACGGCCUGACACUGGCCCGGCUGCGGGGCCAGGGCCGAGCCCACGGCGGGCCCUGUUGCCGGCCCACCCGCUACUCCGACGUGGCCUUUCUUGACGACCGCCACCGCUGGCAGCGGCUGCCCCAGCUCUCGGCGGCCGCCUGCAGCUGUGGCGCCUAAGGACGCCGGGCCUGGGCCCCUGCGGCUCCUGGAGGAGCUCUGCUGACUUAUUUAUUGGAGACCGGAGCGGAGGUGGGCUGGGGGCCGCCUGCAAGGAGCGUAAUAAAGGAAAUGCUGCCACAGGACUGUGUUCAGCCAGUGUACCCUGACCCCACCACCUUAGCUCCCGGUGCAGGGAGGGAUGGCGGGGGGGUGGUUCCUGGGCUUCCCCUGCACCGCUCAGCCCCCGGAACAGCCAGUGCAGGAAGGCCAGUUUGUCCACUCUCCAACUUUAUUCACAAACAUGGUGUCUCUGAGAAGCUGGGGGAAGGGCAUGGGGUUCAGCAGGCUGGGGGUGGCUGUCCCCGCUCCCCUGGUCCCAUCCCCUCAGGGAGGGAGCGGCA